CUGUAACUCUUACACUUAUUGUCGUCUAUAGAAAAGGUGUGUUUAGUAAACCUGUAUCUCUCGUCUUCUCAGUGCCUCCCCCUAUAAACAUACAGAGGAACAAUUACACACACAGAUCCCAACUGAAGGUACAGCAGAGACUCGUCCAGACUAGCCGAGUGGUGUAUUGAAUGAAAAGCAACAUUCUAGGCCACAAUUGAACCUCAAUUCCCAAACAUAGAAGGACAUAGAAGGAUAUAAUCAGUGUUUAUCAAUAGGUUAUACAAAUUCAGCCCUGAUCUUUUCUGAGACUUAAAUGGACCCCAAUGUGUACGUUGUCCCACCCAGCUACAAUGAGUAUGAGCUGCCUCCACCUCCUCUUUAUGAACCAGUUCCUUAUACAAUACCAGUCAAGCCUCCACCGCCUCCAUACAGCUCCGAAGUAAAUACUGCCCAAUUUGGAGCAGGACCUCCAACAAGAUCCUCAUCCUGGACUCACAAAAAGAAGAUUUGCCUAAUUUCUGCCACAGUUGUUUGCACAGUGGUAGCUAUUGGGGCUGCACUAAUUAUAGGGUUUUUGGUCACAAAGCCAUCAAACACGGCAACCUGUCAAAUUCGCUGUGCCUACUCUUCCAAGUGUAUCUCUCCCUACCAGAUAUGCGAUGGAACAUACGACUGCAUUUUUGGAACUGAUGAAGAUAAUUGCGUUACUAAAAGCCCAAGCAACCCAACAUGCCAGAUUUACUGUAUCUACACCUUUAAGUGUAUUUAUGGCUACCAGAUAUGUGAUGGUAUAAGAGACUGCACUUAUGGAGAUGAUGAAAACAAUUGUGUAACAACAAGACCAACUUACUGUGAAAAGAGUUGCGGCUCAUCACCAAGUUGUGUCCUGUCUUCCCAGUGGUGUGAUGGGGUGACCCAGUGUCCUAAUGGAGAAGAUGAGAUGUCCUGUGUGAGAUUAUAUGGAGCAGACUUCCAACUGCAGGUCUAUUCUCCAUUAAAGUCAGCAUGGCUGCCCGUGUGCAGUAAUAACUGGAAUAAUGACUAUGGGAAGCUUGCCUGCCAGGACUUUGGAUACAGCAGGAGCAGCUAUAACAGAUCUGAUACUUUGCCUUCCACCUAUUCCCCUAAUGGGUAUUUCCAGCUGAAUAAUGGAUCUUGGAGCAGCAAAUUUUAUACAAAUGUUCAGUAUAGUUCUUCCUGUUUUUCGGGAAAUGUGGUCUCGUUACGCUGCAUAAGGUGCGGUGUAUCUAAUAACAAUGUAGCCAGUCGUAUAGUAGGAGGAACUAAUGCUGCCUUAGGAAACUGGCCAUGGCAAGUCAGUCUACGGCACUCAUCGGGCAUUUUAUGCGGUGGGUCCAUCAUUUCUCCUAAGUGGAUAGUGACUGCAGCUCACUGUGUAUAUGGGUCCUCUGGAAUUGCUUCUGACUGGAAGGUUUUCGCUGGGUUACUGAACUUGUCAAAUUAUUAUGACAGCAAUGGCCAUUUAGUGGAAAAAAUAAUUGCACACCCUGGUUAUAAGGAUUCCAAUAAAGAUAAAGAUAUUGCCCUAAUGAAACUAAGAGAUGAAAUAACAUUUGGCUAUAACACUCAGCCGGUGUGCUUACCCAAUUCUGGAAUGUUCUGGAAUGCUGGCACAUCAUGUUGGAUAUCUGGUUGGGGUACGACCUCUGAAAAAGGUACGGUUUCUACAACUCUGAAGAAUGCUGAAGUUCCUCUGAUUGACUCGAAAGUAUGCAACCAGUCUUCCAUGUACAAUGGGGAAAUUACAUCUUCUAUGAUAUGUGCUGGUUAUCGUUCGGGGGGUGUCGACACAUGCCAGGGUGACAGCGGAGGUCCAUUAGUAACCAAAACCAGCUCUAUUUGGUGGCUCGUUGGUGACACCAGCUGGGGAUAUGGUUGCGCCCGAGUCAAUAAACCUGGUGUAUAUGGGAACAUGACAACAUUCCUGGAAUGGAUAUAUUUACAAACAAGGAUUAACAGUUGAUGAAUGCUCCUAUGUUUUUAUUCUAACAAUUUCAAGAAUCUGUAAAAAUAAGAGAACAAAUCUGAUUAUUUAUCCCAAAAUGUGCCUUAGAAUGAGAAUUGUUGGUUGAACUGAAUGAAUUUGUUGAAGAAAAUUCCUUUGGGUAUGGACAGUGUACCUCUCCCAAUGUUUGAAAAUCAUCUUUUAGCAUAUCCAGACUCCUUCUUCUGUUACUCCAGGUCUGGCAGCUCUAGGUUUUUUUUCAGACAAUGAAGGAUCAUGUGGACUGAUUCAUACCAACCAAAAGGCUACUAUGAAAACAUUAAAGUUUAUUUUUUCACACACCUUCAUCAA